GCAGCUGCAGGCCAGCCGCCUGGCUCGCGGGAUGGACUGGCCGCACAACCUGCUGUUCCUUCUCACCCUCUCCAUCUUCCUGGGGCUGGGCCAGCCCAGGAACCCCAAAGGCAAGAGGAAGGGGCCAGGGCGGCCUGGCACCCUGGCUCCAGGGCCUCACCAGGUGCCGCUGGACCUGGUGUCCCAGGCGAAGCCGUACGCCCGCAUGGAGGAGUAUGAGAGGAACCUCGGGGAGAUGGUGGCCCAGCUGAGGAACAGCUCCGAGCCAGCCAAGAAGAAGUGCGAGGUCAACCUGCAGCUGUGGCUGUCCAACAAGAGGAGCCUGUCGCCCUGGGGCUACAGCAUCAACCACGACCCGAGCCGCAUCCCUGCGGACCUGCCGGAGGCGCGGUGCCUGUGUCUGGGCUGUGUGAACCCCUUCACCAUGCAGGAGGACCGCAGCAUGGUGAGCGUGCCAGUGUUCAGCCAGGUGCCAGUGCGCCGUCGCCUCUGCCCGCUGCCACCACGCCCCGGGCCCUGCCGCCAGCGCGCCGUCAUGGAGACCAUUGCGGUGGGCUGCACCUGCAUCUUCUGAACUGGCGGCUGAGGGUAGCCAGAGACCACCGUCCCUGCGCUGCGGCGCCAAGCGAGGCCCAUGAAGAGUAAACACUGUCUUUUGUU